AUGCUGGAUACGCAAGAAAACGAGCCACAAAUCCCCAAGAUGACACUUUCGGAACUCCGUAGGCACAAGACGCGAAGGUUGACUCCUUCCAAGGGGAAGACUUGCAACCUGACGGAGACCCAGACAACACCGGGCAGAGGGACGGACACAAUGACGGCCGCUCCGGAGCAGGAAACAGACCUUCGUACGUUGGACAAGGAUGAGGCGUCCCUCGAAGCGGGUGAAGACACUCGCGGCCAGGACGAGCCCACCCCAGACACUGUUGACCCGACCACGGCCUGGAAGUUGGAAAUGGCACGAUUCUUCCAGCAAAUGCGUCAAGAAUGGCAGCAACCGAAGCGGGACCGGAUAUGCGGACCUUCCUGA